AAAGUGAUGUAAAUUCUUAAAACCCUUAAGAAAUUUGCCGUUUUGAAAUUUUCUUCACUUUCUCAUCUUCCAAACAGUGCUACAUUUUGGAACCUUUUUGUGCGCUUAAGUUUUAUGCUGUCUGUUUAUCUUGAAAAUAUAAAAAUUUCUAAUUCUAAGUAGAUUUUUAGUUCAAAUUACUUCUUUAUUUAUUUAUUUUUUGGUUGCUUAGGUUGAAAAGAAGCAGUUAAGUAAAAUUUUGUGGAAUUAAAAGGAUGGGAAUAGAGGAAUACCAUGUAAUAGAGCUAGUAGGUGAAGGCUCUUUCGGUAAAGUAUAUAAAGGCAGGCGAAAAUACACCGGCCAGACUGUAGCAAUGAAGUUUAUAAUGAAGCAUGGGAAAUCUGAGAAGGAUAUUCAUAAUCUAAGACAGGAAAUUGAGAUUCUGCGAAAGCUGAAGCAUGAAAAUAUCAUUGAAAUGAUAGAUUCAUUCGAAAGCCAACAAGAAUUCUGUGUUGUUACUGAAUUUGCGCAAGGUGAUUUAUUUCAGAUUCUAGAGGACGAUAAGUGCCUUCCCGAGGAACAAGUUCAAGCAAUUGCUAAGCAAUUGGUGAGAGCGAUGCAUUACUUGCAUUCCAACCGGAUCAUCCAUCGUGACAUGAAGCCACAAAACAUUCUCAUUGGUGCUGGCUCUAUUGUUAAGCUUUGUGAUUUUGGGUUUGCACGGGCAAUGUCCACUAAUACUGUUGUGUUAAAAUCCAUAAAAGGUACCCCAUUAUACAUGGCUCCAGAACUUGUGCGAGAACAGCCCUACAACCACACUGUUGACCUUUGGUCUCUUGGAGUUAUAUUGUAUGAAUUAUUCGUUGGGCAACCUCCCUUUUAUACGAAUUCCGUAUAUGCACUCAUCCGACACAUAAUUAAGGAUCCAGUCAAAUAUCCUGACGAAAUGAGUGCAAGUUUCAAAAGCUUUUUGAAGGGAUUGCUUAACAAGGUACCUCAAAAUCGAUUGACAUGGCCGGCACUUCUAGAACAUCCAUUUGUUAAAGAAACAUUUGAUGAAGUAGAGGCCAGGGUGUGUGCUACAACCACUACAACCAGGCAAUCUGAUUUUGUACUGAGGGGUGAGGAAAACAAUAUCCAGACACCAAAUGGUAAAGAAAAUUCGCCUGCACCUUCAGAGACUUGUAAUGUUCCAAGCCUUCAGAGUAACGGUAAACAGAAUAGUCCUAAUAAAGUCCAGGGAAAUUCUGUACUUAAUGAGGAGUUUCCUGGAUUUUCAAAUCCCAAGGAUGCUAAACAGACAGGUAACUUGGAAUUGGACAGAUUAGAAAAUAACUCCCGCACUGUUAAUGGUGCACAAAUUAUUGGUCGGGAUAAUGAAGCCUUGGCAGUUAUUUUGCUUCCAAUUAAAAAAUGGUCAGAAGGAUCUCACAAUGCUUGCAGGGGUCAAGAAAUUCUCUAUUCAAGUCAGUCUUUGAGAAUUCUUUCCAAUUUAGUUGCAGCCGGUGCUCUACAUUCUGGUGGAAUUCUAGAUGAAAUAAUGUGUGAACUUCUUAAUUUCGCUGCCAUUUUAGUUGGUUUGAAAUCAUCUGAUGUUAAUGAUUUAGUGGCAAAGAGUUUUUCAGUUAUUAAAAUCCUGUUGGCAGAAAAUAAUGGAAUUGAUGUUGCCACUUCCUAUUUCAAACACUGGGUUGUCUUAGUUGAAAUUUUCUCACAGGUUGUCAGCCACACUGAAGAUGCCUCUGGGAGAGUUUUCUCUGAGUCUUGUGCAUGCAUCACAACUAUGUUAGUUGGAGUAUCUCAGGGUCUACGAGCAUAUUCUUUGACUCAGGAACCUAAUGUGAAUGAAUCACUGAAACAGAUUUUGAACCAUGCUGUGACAUCCCGUUUGGUGGACCAUCUUUGUUUAUGUUUAGCAACUUCAGGCUCAAGUCUCAGUUCUGGAUCCACAAAUAUGCUCCUUGCUGCUUGUGAAGCAUGUAAAGCUAUCUGGUCAUUGAUGGAUGCUCAUGAAAUUUUUUUCGUUAAGGAAAAUCCCAGUUUGUUUCCCUUGGAUGCUUUGCGGAGUCAUUCUUUAGCUCAACUUGACAUCAGAGAUCAUGCUCGUGGUUGGCUGGCCGGGACAGAAUCAGCAAAGGUUGUUGAUGCAGUGACAAGAGCAUUUGUCAGAUCCAAGUCCGUGCAGUUUGCUAUAGUCAAUUGCCUUCAUCGUGUAGAGCCAGCAUUAUCUGCCGCUAUUCAGAUUUUGUCAAGAUGCUGCCUCCACAAUGGAAUUAUUCCAACUGUUCUUUGUGGCCUUCCCAAUUCUCUACCAGUUACUACUGUUGUUAGCGGGGGAGCUGAUGGUACCAUUGUUUCAGAGCUAUUCUCUAUAUUAUCUUUAUGUUCAUCGUUGAACAAAGAUUCACAAAUAGAGACAGCUAACUUGAAGUGUAAAAUAAGCAAUCCUUCCACCCUGAUUCUGCAUACAUGUCUUCUCCUUGCUACAAUUGGUCAAUGUUUAAAAUCUACCGGAAGAAAUUCUGCGAUAUUUAUGCUUACAACUUCCCCGAAGAAGCAGCUCUCUCGACUUACAGUACUUGCUCAGCUUGUUUCUUCUAAAGAUACAACUAUAACUUCAUUACAACCUCAUUCUGCAGCGGCUAUGCUGGCUCUUGCUUCCAUUCUAUCACUUGAAGGUGGAAUGUCUGUUGAAUCUUCCAUAUCAGAAAUUGCUGUGCCCUUGAUUCCUCCAACUAGCACACUUUGUGAUCACCUUAAAAUUUCAUCAGACACUGAAAAUGAAGUUGGCCCUAGGAACGCUAAAGCAGUUCUCUCAUACUGGCAUGGUCUUAGGGAUGGAUGUGUAGGCUUGUUAGAAUCCAAACUGAAAUGGGGAGGACCGUUGGCUGUACAACAAUUAAUAGCAAGUGGCAUCCCGUUACUUCUUAUUCAAUUUUUGGCCAGAAACCAUUCAAACGCAUCACGACAAGGAGUUGAUAGCCCAAAUGAUGGAGUUGGCUUAUCCCCUAUAGGGGUUGUUUGGGCAGUUUCAUCGAUAUGUUACUGCCUUUCGGGUGGAGUACUAACUUUUCGGCAAAUAUUGCUCAGCAGUGAACACAUGAAGCUCAUAUGUAGUUUGAUAUCUGAUGCUCAUCUCAAGCUUGUCAGAUCCUGGGUUGGGCCCGGUGGAGGGAAAGAUGGAGUCAAAGAUACAAUAAAUACAGUAAUUGAUUUCUUAGCAUUUCCUUUUGUUGCUGUACAAAAUGCUCCUGGGUUGCCGGCUACUACUGCUUCUGUAAAUAGUGGGUUCAUUCUCAACAUGGGUUCACCUGCCGAGAGAGUAUGCAAGGAAGACAAGGAUAUGGUGAAAGCAAUAUUGGAAGAUAUGGGGAAAUAUGUUAAAAUCCUCCUGGAGGUUGGAGUGCCUGGCCUCAUUCUUCGUUGUUUGGAUCAAUUAGAGUCAAAGGAUAUGGGAAGGACUGUUGCCUUUCUUGCCAAAAUGAUUGCACAUCGACCACUUGCAGUUCAACUUGUAGGGAAAGGGUUAUUGGAUCCGAAUAGAAUUAGAAGGUUACUUGAUUCUUCAAGUCCAAGAGAUGCCGUAUUGGACACUUUGAUGAUUGUUUCUGAUCUAGCUCGCAUGGAUAAGGGUUUCUAUGAAUUCAUCAAUGGGGCUUUGAUUUUAGAUACUCUACGGGACUUUCUUGCUCAUGAAGAUGCCAAUGUUCGUGCCAAAGCUUGCAAUGCUCUAGGCAACAUGUGUCGUCAUAGUGCAUACUUCUAUGAAUCACUGGCAAGACAUCAGAUCAUUGGACCCCUUAUUGAUCGUUGUGCUGAUCCAGACAGGCGGACAAGGAAAUUUGCAUGUUUUGCAAUCGGAAAUGCUGCCUACCAUAACGAUAUGUUGUACGAAGAACUGAGGAGAUCGAUACCUCAACUAGCAAUGUUGCUGGUUUCAGCUGAAGAAGACAAGACUAAAGCAAAUGCUGCAGGUGCACUGAGUAAUCUUGUGCGCAACUCAAACAAGCUAUGCGAAGAAAUCAUCUCCAAGGGGGCUAUGCAAGCAUUACUGAAAUUAGUAGCUGAUUGUUCAGUAGUUGCUUUAAACCCAAGCAAAAAAGAUGCAAUUAUUGAGUCGCCAUUGAAGAUAGCCCUGUUUUCACUGGGAAAGAUGUGUGCAUACCCGAAUUGCCGACACUUCCUUCGUUCAUCAGAGUUGUUCCCGAUGAUCAGACAGCUUAGACAAUCGCCGGAAUCAAGCAUUGCAAAGCUUGCUUUAGCUAUUGUCAGCAAAGUUACUGAUGCAUGACUCUUGAAGGUAAAAUCUUAACGUUUGAUGGUUAUUUCUUUUGACAUACCAACAUGAUUUCCACUGAAGUCAUCAAUUAUAGUUCUUUGGUCAGUAAUGUUCCAGUCUU